AUGGACAGCGCUUUCCAACUCUCAAGCCCGGGGCCUGCGAUGCCCGCUGUGCCCUGCGGUCUGGGCCGGGCUGAGCUCAGCCAGGCUGACACAGACGUCCCUGGGGACAGGCUGCAGGCCUCCCGUGAGAGCCCAGGGCCCUCGCUCCAGGCUUGGGGCCGUGCUGCGCCCUUCCAAAUAGUGCAGGGGCCAGACAGUCUCAACCCGUGGGAGAUGAAGAGGAAGAGUGCGAGGCUGGAAGUGCCAAGCUUCGGCCAUGGCCGGGAGAUGAGCCACCCUGACCUACCCUCGCCUUCCACACUGGGCCGCCCGGCUCUGGGCAGUGUUGGUUCCCUGCCCUCGGCCCAUGGGUCGGGGUGCUCUGUGCUCAUCGCACAGCCAGGACAACAGGCGAAAAGCUGCCUCCUCUCCCAGAACUGCCUGGGCCAGUGCUACCCUCCUGGUGCUGACCCAGCUCCUGCCAUUAAACUUUCCCUGCUGGCCCAGAAGACGGCUCGGCCUGUGCUGAUGGUGGCCUGCGGCUCCUGGCCUUUGUGCAGCCCCGCAGGGCCGGGGUCCACACUGCCCGUGAUGGCUGUCCUCCCUGGACACCAGGCCCCACUCUGUGCUCCAGCCAGGCCUGGGAACCCUGGCCAGGUUGUUGGGGCCACCGCACGCUGCUUUCUGUUUUUAGAGAACUAUGACGACUUGUAUCAUUGGUCGGUGGCAUCCUACUCAGACUUCUGGGCUGAAUUCUGGAGGUUCAGUGGGAUCGUCUUCUCGCACGAGUACGAUGAGGUGGUGGACACUUCGAAAGGCAUCUCGGAUGUCCCCGAGUGGUUCAGAGGCAGCCGGCUGAACUACGCCGAGAACCUGCUGCGGCACAAGGAGAACGACAAAGUGGCCCUGUAUGUUGCAAGGGAGGGCAAAGAGGAGAUCACAAAGGUGACUUUUGAAGAGUUGCGGCAGCAGGUGGCUUUGUUCGCUGCUGCCAUGCGGAAGAUGGGUGUGCAGAAGGGAGACCGUGUGGUCGGUUAUCUGCCCAACAGCGUGCAUGCUGUGGAGGCCAUGCUGGCGGCGGCGAGCAUCGGCGCCAUCUGGAGCUCCACGUCCCCAGACUUCGGUGUGAACGGCGUCCUGGACCGCUUCUCGCAAAUCCACCCCAAGCUCAUCUUCUCGGUGGAGGCCGUCAUCUACAACGGCAAGGAGCACAGCCACAUGGAGAAGCUGCAGCAGGUGGUGAAAGGACUCCCAGACCUGAGGAAGGUGGUGGUGAUCCCCUAUGUCAGUUCCAGGGAGAAGAUCGACCUUUCCAGGAUUCCCAGCAGCGUGUUCCUGGACGACUUCCUGGCCAGCGGCACCGGUGAGCUCGCCCCGCAGCUGGAGUUCGAGCAGCUGCCCUUCAGCCACCCGCUGUUCAUCAUGUUCUCCUCGGGAACCACAGGGGCACCCAAGUGCAUGGUGCACUCUGCUGGGGGCACCCUCAUCCAGCACCUGAAGGAGCACAUGCUGCAUGGGAACAUGACCUGCAGUGACGUCGUGCUCUACUACACCACGGUCGGCUGGAUGAUGUGGAACUGGAUGGUGUCGGCACUGGCCACUGGUGCGUCCCUGGUCUUGUAUGACGGCUCCCCACUGGUGCCGACACCCAGCGUGCUGUGGGACCUGGUAGACCGGAUUGGCAUUACCGUCCUUGGGACCAGUGCCAAGUGGCUGUCCAUCCUCCAAGAGAAGGACCUCAAGCCAGCGGAGACCCACAACCUACAGACACUGCACACGAUCCUGGCCACCGGCUCCCUGCUGAAAGCCCAGAGCUAUGAGUAUGUGUACAGUUGUGUCAAGAGCAGCGUGCUGCUGGGCUCCAUCUCAGGGGGCACCGACAUCAUCUCCUGCUUCAUGGGCCACAACACUUCCGUUCCCGUGUACAAGGGUGAGAUCCAGGCCCGGAACCUGGCCAUGGCCGUGGAGGCGUGGAACGAGGAAGGCCGCGCAGUGUGGGGAGACAGCGGGGAGCUGGUGUGCACCAAGCCUGUCCCCUGCCAGCCCACACACUUCUGGAACGACGAGAAUGGGAGCAAGUACCGGCAGGCCUAUUUCUCCAAGUUCCCAGGUGUCUGGGCCCACGGUGACUACUGCAGAAUGAACCCUAAGACAGGGGGCAUCAUCAUGCUGGGCCGCAGCGACGGCACGCUUAACCCCAACGGAGUGCGCUUCGGCAGCUCGGAGAUCUACAACAUCGUGGAGGCCUUCGAGGAAGUGGGGGACAGCCUGUGCAUCCCCCAGUACAACAGGGACGGCGAGGAGCGGGUGAUCCUCUUCCUGAAGAUGGCUUCUGGCCACGCCUUCCGGCCUGACCUGGUCAAGCGGAUCCGCGACGCCAUCCGCCUGGGGCUGUCCCCGCGCCAUGUGCCCAGCCUCAUCCUGGAGACGCAGGGCAUCCCGUACACACUCAACGGCAAGAAGGUGGAGGUGGCGGUGAAGGAGGUCGUGGCCGGGAAGGUGGUGGAGCACCGCGGCGCCUUCUCCAACCCUGAGACUCUCGACCUGUACCGCAACGUCCCUGAGCUGCAGGGCUUCUGAGGCCGCACUGGCUGCUCAGGGCCCCAUCGCAGAGGAGCUCGGCCACGUGGCCCGGCCUGCUGAGCGCGGGUCUCCCUGCCUUGCCUGGUGAGGGUGCAGUGUGGCUGUGGCCCUGCUGGCCUUACGGUGACAGAGCCCCAAGAAGCCAGGAGGCCUCAGCCUCAUGAGCCCCUGUGCCUGUUGCCCUCCGCUCCUGGCCCCGGCCGUCCUUGCCCUGUUGAUUGUCAGCUGACACUGGGGAUGCCGUGGCCUCUGGGCCACGUCAGGGCGGAACAUGGCUCCCGGGGGGUGGGGGGCCGGCUCCCGCCUGCCGCCUGCCUGCGGGAAGUUCUGUGUCCAUGGUCUCCUGGAGUCUCUACGCUGAGAGUCCUCCCGGUGGUCGAAGUGUUUUCGGGGUUGAUUCUGUGGCUGUGGGCAUCUGAAGCACUCUGCGCCCUCCUGGGUCACUCUUAGGGCUGCUGGGCCACAUGUGCAGGCUGUGUGGUCCCCAAGGGCCCCCGAGGGCCAUCAGCACUUUCCACGGUCACGGCUGUGGCUGCCCGAGGUCUGACCUCAGCUCAGCAUGUUCACGUCUCUCAGAAAUCCCAGUGUUUGUUUUUGUAUUUUUUAAAACGAAGCACAGCGAGAUACCUUUCGGAAUUGUUCUUCUGGGUUGUAAGUGUAUGGGGAAAAGAGCUAUGGAGAGUUUUAUGCAAUAAACAUGUAUGUGUGUGUGCA